UCCUCCUUGUGUUGAACCCGCCGGCCUCGCACAGCUCUUACUACAAAAACCCUAACACCCCUCCCUUAUCCUCUGCUCCCUCUCCCCCUCCCCCUCCCCACGAACGUUGGCGUGCCCCCGGUCACUGUCUCCCAUCCCAUGGCGCCGGCUUUGAGCGGGACUCUGGGCGCGUCGUCGGUGGCGGCGCUACGGCCCUGCGCGGGAAGGAGGGCGCCCUCCGCCGCGACCUCGGUUGCUCCGCGGGGGAGUGGGGUGGCGAGGUGCGCCAGAGGUCUCAGGUGGGAGGCCCACAGGAGCAGGGGGAGGUCGCUCAGGGUGAGGUGCGAUGCGGCCGUCGCCGAAAAGCCCGCCGGGGAGGAGGCGGCUGGGGAGCAGUUCGAGUACCAGGCGGAGGUGAGCCGGUUAAUGGAUUUGAUCGUCCAUAGUCUGUACAGUCAUAAGGAGGUAUUUCUCCGCGAGCUUGUUAGCAACGCGAGUGAUGCAUUGGAUAAACUGAGGUUCCUUGGCGUGACUGAUUCUUCUUUGCUUGCUGACGGUGGUGAGCUGGAAAUAAGGAUUAAGCCUGACCCUGAUGCUGGGACGAUUACUAUCACUGACACUGGUGUUGGUAUGACUAAAGAUGAGCUCAAGGACUGCCUUGGUACCAUUGCUCAGAGUGGCACCUCAAAAUUUCUGAAGGCCCUCAAGGAAAACAAAGACCUUGGGGCGGACAAUGGUCUAAUUGGUCAGUUUGGUGUUGGGUUUUACUCAGCUUUUCUUGUUGCAGAGAAGAUUGUGGUGUCCACCAAGAGUCCAAAAUCAGAUAAACAGUAUGUGUGGGAAGCUGUCGCUGACAGUAGCUCUUAUAUCAUCAAGGAAGAGACUGAUCCUGAGAAAAUGCUUACACGUGGAACUCAGAUUACUCUGUUUCUAAGGUCUGAUGAUAAGUACGAGUUUGCGGACCCUUCAAGGAUUCAAGGCUUAGUAAAAAACUACUCUCAGUUUGUGUCUUUCCCCAUAUACACAUGGCAGGAGAAAUCAAGAACUGUUGAGGUUGAAGAGGACGAAGAGCCGAAAGAAGGUGAAGAGGCAACAGAGGGUGAGAAAAAGAAAAAGAAGAAGACUGUUACUGAGAAAUAUUGGGACUGGGAACUAGCCAAUGAAACAAAACCCAUAUGGAUGAGAAAUCCAAAGGAAAUUGAGAACACCGAAUACAAUGAGUUCUAUAAGAAGACAUUCAAUGAGUUUUUGGACCCCCUUGCCCACACUCACUUCACAACAGAGGGUGAGGUGGAAUUCAGGAGUGUUCUUUAUGUUCCAGGCAUGGCACCGCUUAGUAAUGAGGAGAUAAUGAAUCCCAAGACCAAAAAUAUCCGGCUAUAUGUUAAAAGAGUCUUCAUCUCUGAUGACUUUGAUGGUGAACUGGUACACUAUCUUUCAAUGCUAAUAAAUUCUACUAUCCAUCGAUUGAGAUGGAAUGAAUUAUUGAUUUUAGCAUGCAUCUUGCAGUUUCCAAGAUACUUGAGCUUUGUUAAAGGUGUGGUGGAUUCAAAUGACCUUCCCCUCAAUGUUUCUCGGGAGAUUCUUCAAGAAAGUCGAAUUGUAAGAAUUAUGCGCAAGCGACUUGUCAGGAAGACAUUUGAUAUGAUUGAAGAGAUUGCCGAAAAGGAAGAUAAGGAGGAUUAUAAGAAGUUUUGGGAGAGCUUUGGCAAGUUUAUUAAGCUUGGUUGCAUUGAGGACACAGGGAAUCACAAGCGCCUUGCUCCAUUGUUGCGCUUCCACUCUUCUAAAAAUGAGGGAGACACGAUAAGUCUUGAUCAAUAUGUAGAGAGCAUGCCUGAAAGUCAAAAGGCAAUCUACUACAUCGCUACAGAUAGUCUCCAGAGCGCAAAGACUGCUCCUUUCUUGGAAAAGCUGGUCCAGAAAGAUAUUGAAGUUCUCUACCUUAUUGAGCCAAUAGAUGAGGUUGCCAUUCAGAACUUGCAGACCUACAAAGAGAAGAAAUUUGUGGAUAUCAGCAAAGAGGAUUUGGAAUUGGGUGAUGAAGAGGAAGAGACUAAAGAAACCAAGCAGGAGUUUACUCUCCUAUGUGAUUGGGUUAAACAACAGCUUGGUGACAAGGUUGCGAAGGUCCAAAUAUCGAAGCGUUUAAGUUCAUCUCCAUGUGUUCUUGUAUCUGGCAAGUUCGGUUGGUCCGCUAAUAUGGAAAGGCUCAUGAAGGCUCAAACACUUGGUGACACAUCAAGCUUGGAAUUCAUGAGGGGAAGAAGGAUUUUCGAAAUCAACCCUGACCACCCAAUUAUCAAGGAUUUGAGUGCUGCUUGCAAAAAUGAGCCCGAUAGCACAGAAGCCAAGAGGGCUGUUGAGCUCCUAUAUGAGGCUGCUUUAAUCUCAAGUGGAUAUACUCCAGAGAGUCCAGCAGAGUUGGGUGGCAAGAUCUAUGAGAUGAUGGCGAUUGCCCUCGGUGGGAGAUGGGGAAGGUCCGACAUGGAGGAGACUGAGACAUCAAUGAGUGAGGCCAGCGCAGAGUCAGACUCAUCUGAAGGCACCGUAACAGAGGUGAUUGAGCCCUCAGAAGUUAGACCCGAGAGCGACCCAUGGAGGGAUUAGUGAGUUCUCCCACGGCUAGGCUUUGUUAGAACUUCAUAUUUAGCAGUUCCGGGGGUAAAAUUAAGGCCAUGGGCUAGAACAUUAUUUGGUUACAGAUACUUCUAUACGGGUUCCUGCCGUGGCAUUUUUUGUAGGUGUAGACUUGCUGGCCACUAACAUUUUAUUGAGGUAGUAGUGGCCUUAGAAAACAAUAAAGCAUGAAGACUGAUUACAUAGCAAAAUUGUGCUGCCCCUCAAUAAUAAUGAAAAAGAAGUUUCUGCAC